AUGCCGAAGAAGGGCACGCGGCAUGUGAGGGAGUUGGGGAACACGACGAGUACCCAGCGACAAUUGGCGCCUGGUGCGGCGGCGACGACGGCGGCGACGACGACGAUCGUCUCGGAAGUGGUGGCAGCGAGGCAUUUUCGCAGCGUGCAUAUCGGUGUGACCAAUAGUAAGCGUUGGCUGUUACUGAAAAAACGUCUAGGUCUCACGACGGACGAGGAUGUCGCGGUGUACUUGCUGGACCUCGCAGAGUCUAAUGCCACCACCACCAUUAGCAGCAACACCGCUACUACUAGGUUAACUAGGCAACAGGGUAAAUGCAAUGGAGCGGAGAACUGGAAGACGAAUCAAGAGCGUUGCGGUCAGAAUGAGGAAGCGGACAAGACUGAAAGUUCAGAUAAAGAAGAUGAGAAAGAGGAGGAGCCUGUUUGCACGAGUCCAACAAAACAAGAUCCUGGAUCAAACAAGAUUCGACUCGAUGCUUCUGUCUGUACGAUAAGCGAGAAUGUGUCGGAGGUGCUGGAUGAUACAAUCAAGUUGCACUUACGACGUAGUUCAAGGUCAAAGCACCACAAGAACAAGACGAAGCAUCGCAAAGACAAGCGGAAAAAACGGCGACAUUCGAAGAACGGCAUUCAAGAUAGCGAUUCUAUUGGACUAGACAGAUUCGAAUGUAUUAGUGGUAAUGCAGCAGAUUUGCGAAACAAUUCGGCAGCGAACAGAGAUUCGAGUAAUCACGAGAUUACUGUAAUCAGUGAAUUAGAUCCUAAAUUAACAUUAGAUGUAGGAAGUUUGGAAAUCGAUACAAAGGACAUUAAACCCCUUACGACCAAGACUGAUCACGUAGAUAGCAUUAGAAUUCGAAACGAUGUAAAUAUCAAUAGUACUACAAGCAACAGCGGCACCAAGUGUGAGGUAGACGUAAUCGGUGUACCUGGCGAUUCGACGAGGGAUACCUUAGAGAAUAAUGUAAUUACUAAGCUGCAUUUUGCCGAUACAACAACGCCUCUUCCGAAGCAUACAUACAACACCGAGGAUUUGAACAAGGACGUAAAAUAUUUACUACAUCCCAGUGUCAACGAAAUAGAACAGAGAAUCGAGACACAUUCUGCUGAUGCACCUGAGAAGGAACACGAGGUCAAGUUGACGCCUUGCGUGGAAUCGCACAAAGACGUAACAUUCUGCGAUACGUCGAAGAACUGCGAAGACGCGGAGAAGGAGCGCAAGGUGAAAAGGAGACGGAAACGUCCGCGUCAUGAUGUACAAAUCCCAGAGAAGGAUCUCUUCGAAAAUAAUGUUUUGGAUGAAGCGGCAACGACGACGACGACAACGACGGUGUUUAAACACCGGCGAAAAAAGCACAAGCAUACAAACGAGCACAAAAGCAAAAAACAUCACGAUGUACGAAAGGCGCCGCAAGAUGGCAUCGUCAAACAGGAGGAGGCACCAAAUGCAUAUCCAUCGGAGGCGGUCGAGUUACUAUCUUCGACGACGGAAAGAUCUGAAAGGAGCGCACAAAAUGACAAGGGUGUAGAAAACGGUCAAGACUCAUCCGAGGGGGAUAUCGAUAGCACCGACGAUGUGGCAUCGGCGUCGGCGUCGGAGCCACAAAGACUCGCGAUCAAAAUCAAGCUUUGCCAGGAAUGCAACAGUCGUCAUUUGCAGGACGCGUGUCCUUUGACGACGUCACAAUAUGCGAUAGCCGAUACCAUCUCUUACGAAAAGUGGUUGAGUAGACAUAAGGAAAAUUCGGAGAUAAUGAAAGCUAUCACCGCGGAGGAUCCAAUGUCGGAGGGUUAUGGUAGAUUGGCAUACGACGGCUUCGAGUCAGAUGACGAAUCUCUAACGUCCAACGAACAAUGCAAAGCCAAACCGAAGAUGCAGAGGGAGGAGAAGCAGUUGGUAGUAGAGAUAGAUCGACCACUAUACGCGAGAGAUUCUCUACCGGAUUGCCUUGAAUUGAAAAUCGCAAAUACCGAUCACGGUCUCGGCAUCUACGCCAGGAACCCGGUUCCAAUGUAUACUAAGUUUGGUCCACUUAUCGGCAUACCGGUUAGAGAAAUGGACAUUCCGGAUGAUUUCUCCAUGCGCCAUAUUUGGGAGAUAGAUAAUAAUGGGAAGAGUACGUAUAUCAGUACUACGGAUCCACUGAAAAGCAAUUGGAUUCGAUAUGUUAGACCAGCUGAAACGAAAGAGAAGAGAAGCCUUGCGGUGAUCUCGAAGCAUGGUCAAUUAUAUUUUGUUACAACUCAGAAUAUCGCAUUAGGAAUGGAGCUAACUUAUUGGGUAGAGCCACAAUCUUCCACGUGGACGAGAAAAAAUAAAAUCAAUAAAACGAAUUGUGGAGGUUGUAAUCUUAUUUUCGCACAUUCAAUAUAUUAUCGAUUGCAUUGCUGCAUUUUUCACGACAUGAAUUAUAGUUUAACGAUAAGAAAAUAUCAUUGCAAGGUUUGCGGUGCUACAGUGCUUGGCAAGGAUAAUAUUAUGAAACACGCAGCAGAGUUGCACGAGGGUCGCGGUGCAUACCAAUGUCAAUAUUGUAAAAAGUUCUUUUUAAGGCUGAAUUACUUAGAAAUGCACCGAACUUACGGAUGUUCACAGAAUCCGCAUCGAGCGCGACCGUUAUGCGAUUUUUGUGGCCGCAAAUUUUGCCAGCCACAAAAAUUGAAAGUACACAUCAAGAGGAUGCACAGUGAUAUGGCCGAAGUUCUUAGGGAAUUUCAAUGUAAGUUAUGCAUGAAACUCUUGGGUUCUCGAGCAGCUCUACAGCGGCAUAUGAAGGAAGUACAUCACAAAGAUGUUAUUGCUGCGGCCACAUGCGAUCGAUGUGGAAAAAUGUUUCAGAAUAAAAGCAAUUUGAAAAUACAUAUGCUGACUCAUAGCGGUGUGAAACCAUUUAGGUGUAAAGAGAACGGCUGUAAGGCAGCUUUCACUACGAAACAAUGCCUACAGUUCCAUUAUAAGAAGGUGCACGGCCUUACAGAGGCGAUGAUGCCCAAAAUAGAGAGGUCUGUGGCGUACACCUUCGACGCGUACAGCGGUGGCCUCGUUGAGGAUGUGCCUUGUGGAAGGAUCAUUCAUUCCAGCAGAAGAAAUUCACAACAGGACAAUAGCAACAGUUUGCCAUCUCUGGAUGACUGUAGCUCGGAGAGCAGUUUAAAAGUCGAGGCAUCGGUACCAGUACCGGCGGCACCGAUACUAGCUCCAGCAUCAGCACCGACAUCAGCACCGCCGAUGUCGAUAUCAUCACCGGUAUCGUCAAUAUCAGACUCAACAACCACAUCAGCGCCGAUAUCGAUAUCGAUUUCGGUCUCUGUGUUGGCUUCGGCGCCAACAGCAGCAGCAGUAAUGACAAGUUCUACUCACAACGUCAUUGUGGAUUCGUUACAAAGUGAGACCAAUUCUACGGCAAAGUAUAAGACGGAGCAACAAGAGCCUCGUGUUCCGGCUACGCAAACUGCAUCCUUGUCCAGUGGACUUGCGACAACGUUGGAGAACGAGCAGACAGAAGUUGAUCUAUAUGACACAUCGAGGACGUUGAGUAAGGGAAGCAAAAAGUGGCUCACUGAAUUCAAUCCGCCGCCUACGUCCGACAUCGCUGUUCAUUUACCGGCUGUGGCCGCGCCACCUUCCGACAUUUAUGAUUUUGAAGAUGGUAGAAAGGAUGGUAGUAGCGAGAAAGCGGUCUCACGUGCUACAACGUCAAAUUUGUUAGACAGCAACAAGUUGCGAUUAAACGUAUACCGUAGUAGGACGGAAAGUGCGAAUGCGAGUUUGCUAGUUGAGGCAGCUCUGGAUGCCGCCGAGAGGGACAUAGGAACAGUAUCCAGUCCGAUUUUGGAGGACAAUGAUCGUGAGACCAAUCUCUACUCUAUUUCGAGCCAGCUACAGUCACCGAUACCGCAGUCGCGAUCGCCGAAUCAUCUAGACUCCUAUAUCGUACAGCAAGAAGAGGAGCUAAUGUCGCCCGCACCAACUCCGGACGACCGGCACACUCCUCCUAGCCACUUACACGUAGAUUAUCAUCUGCAUCGACCGAUCGACUACAUCAAUACUUCCCGAACGCACAAUAUCGAACAGUAUUUGCAUCACGAGGAGAUGCCACGCGUUUCUUCACCGAAUUACAUACAUAUGCAGCAAGAAGACUUGGUAUCGCCAUCAGCUACGCCGAAUCACCGCUAUCAGGACGUGCAUCAUCAUCAGGUGCCAACGGAUAAUCUCUCGAGCGAUGAGGGUGACUCGGUGGCGCAGAAUCUUAGCUUGUCUGUGAAGGAAAAAGCAUUGCAGCUGGAUCUCUCGACAUCCUACAAGUACGACUCGCUCGAACAAGAUUUCACCCGAGAUAGAGUCAAUUUUGAGCCAUUAGUGCUUAAUAGUGGUGGUGAACUUCAGGGUUUAGACAUGUCGGCUCGGGGUUUUCACCCCCACAGUUUUGGCGCCCAGAUGCAAAAUACUCGCUAUCAUCAUCACCAUUUGUACGACAUUGGCGAACGACAAAGCGUGGACCUUAGCAGAACGGGCAGUUAUUCCAUGUCGCCACCCCCACCACCACCACCUUAUCCGCAUAACGAGGUCGUGCGAGUGGUUAGCUUGGAUCUUACUCCUGGUGGUAGACACAGUGUCGAUCUAAGUCUUUCUAGAUCGCAUCAUCUGCACGGAUCUGGUACUCGUGUCAUUACUAGCUCACAACCCGUCGGCUCGACUACGACACACGUAGUACCUGACGUCACCGAAGGUCGAAUGUUGUCUCCACCUCCACCUCCCUUGUCAGGAUACAAUCCUAGUUAUCCCGUGAGUCCAGCUCCGUAUCAUCCUCCGAGAUCUGGAUAUCAUCAUUAUCCCGGUUAUUAUUGAUCGUCAGUGACGGUUUGAAUGUCGAGUAAUAAUUUAUAGUCAACAUCUUCUC